GGCCCCUUUCAUCCAGGAAGUGAAAGCGACGUCGGGGUCAAUGAAAACAAACGGGGAGCCCGGGGGGAAGGAAGGCGGGCGAGGAGGAGGGAGCGCCGGGGCGCGGGAGGGAACAGCCGUGUGGUGGAAGCGCGAGCGGGAGGCCGGUUGCGGUCGUGAUCUUGCCGCCGCCGCGGCUCGCCCGGGGAUGUCUGAGCCCGCGCCUCGCGGCCCUCGAGCUCCACGCGGCGGCCGCCGUCCCGGCCUCUAAGGGCCGCCACGUCCCGGCGGCGCGCGCAGGCUGAGGGCGGCUCGGUGCCGGCGGGGUUGCCCGGGGAGGGCCCGGGCGGGCCGGGAGGGGCUGCCCAAGCUCCGCGCCUACCCCAGCACAGCGGCCGGCGCCGGGCCAGGAGGAUGCGCGGCGCCGGGCUCUGAAGCAUGGAGGGGGUUCUGUACAAGUGGACCAACUAUCUCACAGGUUGGCAGCCACGUUGGUUUGUUUUAGAUAAUGGAAUCCUGUCCUACUAUGAUUCACAAGAUGAUGUUUGCAAAGGGAGCAAGGGAAGUAUAAAGAUGGCAGUUUGUGAAAUUAAAGUCCAUUCAGCAGACAACACAAGAAUGGAAUUAAUCAUUCCAGGAGAGCAGCAUUUCUACAUGAAGGCAGUGAAUGCAGCUGAAAGACAGAGGUGGCUGGUUGCUCUGGGGAGCUCCAAAGCUUGUUUGACUGAUACUAGGACUAAAAAAGAAAAAGAGAUAAGUGAAACCAGUGAAUCUCUGAAAACCAAAAUGUCUGAACUUCGUCUCUACUGUGACCUCCUAAUGCAGCAAGUUCAUACUAUCCAAGAAUUUGUUCACCAUGAUGAGAAUCAUUCAUCUCCCAGUGUAGAGAACAUGAAUGAAGCCUCUUCUCUGCUUAGUGCCACAUGUAAUACAUUCAUCACAACGCUUGAGGAAUGUGUGAAGAUAGCGAAUGCCAAGUUUAAACCUGAGAUGUUUCAGCUGUCCCAUCCGGAUCCCUUGGUUUCCCCUGUGUCGCCUUCUCCUGUUCAAAUGAUGAAGCGUUCUGUCAGCCACCCUGGUUCUUGCAGUUCAGAGAGGAAUAGCCACUCUGUAAAAGAACCAAUAUCUACACUUCACCGACUCUCCCAGCGACGCCGAAGAACCUACUCAGAUACAGACUCUUGUAAUGAUACUCCUCUUGAAGACCCAGACAGACCUGUUCACUGUUCAAGAAAUACACUUAAUGGAGAUUUGGCAUCAGCAACCAUUCCCGAGGAAAGCAGACUUAUGGCCAAAAAAAAAUCUGAAUCGGAAGAUCCUCUUCCAUCCUUCUCUUCCUGAGGAAAUGGAAGUGUCCAACUUCCUCUAAGUAUUGCUAUGCAAAAGCUGCUGUAAUUAAACUAUGUUCUAGGGAGUAGUUUUUCCCUUAGGAUUUCUCUGCACUUUAUAGAAUACUGUAAAACAAACAAACAAAAAAACAACCCACAUACCUUUGAAGUGUAUUUUAUCUUUAUAUAGUUUAUUUGCAAGAGUAUUUUCCUAAUAACUUCACAGUAUGAAUGUGCAUCUUUUUUUUUUUUUUUUUUUAAACAAAUGAUGGUGUAACAUUUUGACAUCCAUAAGGACAAAUGUAGAUAUUUUUCUAAAAAACUGUGAGGGACUGACAGCUUAGUCAGGGUGUAUUGUAGCUUAUAAACAUGAAAUCUUAUAAACAUAAGGUUUCAGUUUGACAGACGUGUGAUAUAUGUAACUUGUGCCAUGGACCAAAUGGUCACUUUACCCCAGCUAAAAAUGAGUUACGAUAGCAGCUUGAUGGUGAUUCUGUUGUAUUCUUUUAAGCAAAAGGAGACAUUUAAUAUUCCAAAUAUUUUUAGCCCAAAUACCGUGACACAUUGAGGAUUUUUUAAAAACCAGACUGUGCUGUCCUUCAUAUGUGAAGUUGACACUACUGAUUUGUCAGUACCAAAUGUUGGGUUAAAGUAUUUAACUUUUAUUUAUUUAUUUUUCCGUUGCAUCAAAAAAUGAUUGCAUCCUGACUUUUAUGACCUACCAAAUUUAAGAUGUGUAUACAUUUGUUAUUUACAUUGUUCUAGAAAAGAGGUUAAUGUUGUAGUGACCUUGCUCACUUACACCAGAGAAAUAAACGCCUUUCAAUGGAAGAGGAUUUUAGUGCUUUUUUCCUAAAAUAGACAUUAAGCUGCUGUUGUAAGGUAUUAAUGUUUGCAGCUCUUUAGACUAGCUAGAGACAUUUUUUAUUUAUGACUAUUUAUACAAAAAAGGAAUUCUGUCAAAGUGACCACUCUACAUCACUUGAGAAUGGCAUUAUUUAAUUAAAGAACAAAUAGCAUUUUUUGGUAGUGCCUGUCCAUACCUCUUGUCAGUGUUUGCCUUGUAAACUGUUUUUUUAAAAAAAUUCACUUUGGAGUGAUGGUUUUGUCCAAGGUCUUGGAUGAGGAGCACUUUAAAACAAACUGGUUUGGUGUUUUUAAGUUAAUCACAUGUUUAAUAAAUAUAUGGUUUUUGCAUUCAAACGUAUCAUAUAAUACAUUGUAUUUUUUACAUUGUUGAUAUUCUGUCUGAUCUUUAUCAAGUGCUAUUAGUAUUCUUCAUUGCUUUGAUUUUGUUUGUAUAUUUGGACCGCCUAGUGAAUACACAAAUGAGUCAUAUUUUUAGUUUUGUUGCCUAUGAGCUUAGAAUAGUGUGGCCUGUUUCACUUUAAAUUUCUCUUGUAGGUUUAUGUGGGAAGUUUUUUAAACAGUUAAUAUUUGGUAUUUACUUCACUAAAAUAAAUCUGUAAUUGUAAGUUUAAAAUGGACACAAUCUAAAUAUAUUAAUAUGCAUUGCUGCUUAAAAGUAUUUGUGACUUUAAGUAGCACACAGGUCAUUAGGCUAGAUUAAGUGGAAUUUUUCCAUUCGUAUGUUGUACUUCAUAUGUCGAAUUUGAGAAAAGUUUAAUAAUGUAGUAAGUUUCAUGUUGAGUGAGUAAUCAGACUUUUUCCUUUUUUUUGUGGUAGUAAGAAUUUGCAUAGUGACUAGAUAAUGAAAGUCAAGGUGCUACUGAUAGGGAGUUUUUCAGGUAGGUACUUUUUUUGAACCAGUAGGUUUAUAAUGAAAAUACUAUAACAAGCUUUUGAACUCAUAGGAAACAAAUCCAUUUUUUUAUUGCUUUAUCCAAAAAGAUGAGUUCCUGAACAGUUUUCUGUAAAUAUUUUUUAAAAUAAAAUGCUAUCAUUUCUGGUUUGUAUCAUUUUUUUCCCCCUUGAAACAGGUGCUUUGAACAGGUGUGCCAUAUUCCUAAGUAUGGCUUUUAUUGUUACUGGGACCUGCUUUUUCCCUUAGGAACCAACACAUUUGUGAAAUCAUUUUUUGGGAGGAGUAUAAAUGUAUCUUGAAUUAUGUCUAGGUUUUGAUUAGUGAAUUGAUAGCAUGAAGCAAUCGAUAAAGCUUCAGUGAACCUUGCAUUUUGAGGAGCCCUGUGUAUGUUCAAGUGUGCCUGACUUUUCUGAAUUUUAAGAAAAAGAUAAGCCAAAUAAGAACAAUCCUGUAAGAAUUUUAGCUUGUCAUAACUUUCUCUAAUGUAUAGGUAGUGGUUGUUCCUUUUUUGCUUUGUCUAGCUAGGCCUUGGGGUUAUCGAGAAAUUUGGAGACUGUUGGUAUGUCAUUGAUCUUCUAACCAAAGCCAGUGCUUGCUUUUCUUUUCAAGUGCCUGAUUUCCGUUGUGUGGGAAUCCAGGCCUCCAUGGUUAAAGUGACUUUGAUGAGAAUUGUUUUAUAAUUGGACUAUUUUUGAAUUCUCUUACAUUACAUUGAAUUUAUUGUAUUACCUUCGAUCAGGACAAGUUGAGAAAUGGAUGUUGUCACUUGAACUUAAAUUCUAAAGCAGGAGAUAAAGUAUCUUCAUUUGAUAGUCACCAUGGAACCUUUAACCCUGAAUUGUAGUUUUUCACUGUGUAUUAUUACACUUAGUAUUUAGAAAUCACCAUUAAGAUCUCAGGAAAUAUAUCUUUGUAAUAUAUUAAUAUGAUACUGCUGUUAACACUAA